UAUAUAAAAUUAUCUCCUUUGGAAGAUUGUGGAAUUUUUCCAACACAAGUGGUGGGAUUUUAAUAAUUAUUUGGAUCCCUUAUUGCAUUGAGAGGCAAGAUAAGAGCAAAAAAGGGGAGAGAAAGUGCUCAGGAAAUGGAGAAAAGUGCAGAGAAGAGAAGGAUAGUGUUAGUUCCAGUUGCUGCACAAGGUCAUGUAACUCCAAUGAUGCAACUUGGGAAAGCUCUUCAGUCAAAGGGCUUCUCAAUUACAGUUGCUCAGGGACAUUUGAAGCAAAUAAGCUCUUCAUCGCAACAUUUUCCUGGUUUUCACUUUGUCACCUUACCAGAAAGCUUACCUCAGUCUGAAUCUAAAACACUAGGAGCAAUAGAAUUUAUGAAGAAGCUCAACAAAACAAGCGAGGCAAGCUUCAAGGAGUGUAUAAGUAAGUUAUUGCUGCAACAAGGCAGUGAUAUAGCUUGUAUCAUCUACGACAAGCUUAUGUACUUCUGUGAAGCUGCAGCUAAGGAGUUCAAUAUUCCCAGUAUCAUCUUUAGCUCUUGCAGUGCUACCAAUCAAGUUUGCUGUUGUGUUUUAAGUAAACUCAAUGCCGAGAAGUUCUUGAUCGACAUGGAAGAUCCUGAAAUGCAAGACGAGGUGUUGGAAGGUUUGCAUCCUUUAAGAUAUAAAGACUUACCAACUUCAGGAUUUGGGCCAUUAGAGCCACUUUUGGAGAUGUGUAGGGAAGUAGUUAACAAAAGAACAGCUUCCGCUAUUAUCAUCAAUACUGCAAGUUGUCUAGAGAGCUUGACUCUUUCAUGGAUGCAACAAGAACUCGGAAUUCCAGUGUAUCCAUUAGGCCCUCUUCACAUAACAGCUUCAUUCCCUGGUCCUAGUUUACUCGAAGAGGACAGGAGCUGCGUUGAAUGGCUGAACAAGCAGAAACCAAGGUCAGUCAUAUAUAUAGGCUUGGGAAGCCUUUCUCAAAUGGAAACCAUGGAGAUGUUAGAGAUGGCUUGGGGAUUGUCGAAUAGCAACCAACCUUUUUUAUGGGUCAUCCGAGCAGGUUCUAUCCUUGGCUCGGACGGGAUAGAGUCAUUGCCAGAUGAAAUCAGUAAGAUGGUAUCCGAAAGAGGAUACAUUGUGAAAUGGGCACCGCAGAUAGAAGUACUUGCACAUCCUGCUGUGGGAGGGUUUUGGAGCCACUGUGGAUGGAACUCAACACUCGAGAGUAUUGCGGAAGGAGUUCCAAUGAUUUGCAGGCCUUUUCAAGGCGAACAAAAGUUAAAUGCAAUGUAUAUAGAAAGUGUUUGGAAAAUAGGGAUUCAGCUUGAAGGGGAAGUGGAAAGAGGAGCGGUCGAGAGAGCUGUGAAGAGGUUGAUUGUGGAUGAAGAAGGCGCAUGCAUGAGGGAGAGAGCCUUUGGUUUAAAAGAGAAGCUCAAAGCCUCUGUGAGAAGUGGAGGCUCCUCGUACAACGCAUUGGAUGAGCUUGCCAAGUACUUGAAGACAGGGUAGAGAUAUUAUAAGAGAGCUUUGAUUAUUCGAAUUCCGUUACAUCGUGUUGUUCUUUCUUAUUUAGCAAGGUCUUCUAAAUCCGAAUUUGCCAUUUUAAUUUUCAGAUGCA